AUGGCUGCUCAAUCUCUCUCGCUCAUUUUUGACGAUACAACGCUCGGGGCGACCUACGGAGGGGGUUCAUGGUCCCCUAGCAGCCUUCCAAGUUGGUACAAUGGCUCCUGCGUCUAUCCUGGAUUCGCUAUCGGUGGUAAUGGGACGGGGACGGCAUCUUUGUCCUUCCAAGGGACUUCCAUCGCGUUCUUUGGGAACACCGCUCCAGUUUUCACGGAUUCACAGAUCCUGACAGUCGCUAUUGACGGUGGUACGCCGUACAACACCACGUACAACGAUCCCUCUCCCCAGUCGUAUCGCCAAUGGUAUCAAUCGCCCACAUUAGCUGAGGGAAAGCACAACAUCUCUUUGAGCCAUAUCGCAGGUACAGCGCUCGAUUUCGCUGUCGUCACUGUUGGCCCCAAUACCCCCCUCGCUGGUACAAAAGUUAUCGUCGAUAACGAAGAUCCCUCCAUCACGUAUACUGGAUCAUGGACACGGAACACGAACCUGUUUGUCCCUGGCAGCUUGCCACAUGGUCUUCCUUACCACAACAGUACACGGCAAAGUGUGACUGCAGGGGACUCUUUUUCAUUCAGUUUUACUGGUUCGUCUAUGUCCAUUUACGGAAUCAUGAGCUGGGAAAAACUUGGUUCAUUUGGAGCGACAUUUACUCUUGAUGGAACUCCCCUCUCUCAAACAUAUACAGUCACGCAAAGUACACCCCAGUUCACGGGGAAUUCAAGCGAUCAAGCUAACUAUCUGCUAUACGGUUUCGACUUUCUCCAAUCAGGAAACCACACGCUCGUUGUCAAUGUUACAAGUGUUACAAACAGCCAGGCUUUCAUCUUCGAUUAUCUCACCUACACACCAACCUUUUCAUCCCUCGCUACCAUGCCAAAUUUGACUGGAUUUGCAUCCACAUCCACUUCUACCGGCAGCUCAGGAAAAUCACAGACGGCAGGGGCCACUGGAGCCCACAGCUCCUCAACGUCAACCUCUUCUGCGUCAGCCACUUCUUCCUCAAAGGCAUCAUCUCCCGCUGGAGCGAUCGCAGGGGGCGUCAUUGGUGGAUUAAUCCUGCUCUCCGUAGUCGCCGCCUUCUUUUAUUGGUAUGGCAAACGCAGUGCUUCCCAAAAAAUUGCACCAAGUACUGCCCUACCUACCAAUUACGCAUCUGAACCCCUUGCCGCCAAUAUGAGGCAACAAACACCGGGACACGCCUCUUCCCCUUCGAAUGGAAAUACUAUUUCUCCCUUCUUGGAUGCAGGAGUGACGCAAUACGGGUUGUCGAGUUAUGUACCAACUGCGGCUGAACGUAAACAGGGGAUACAAUCAGAGCGAUACUCUUCUACCAUCUCUGGCGAUCGUGCGAUGUCGGAUGCUACUACGUCGGCUAGUGGUGAUGACUUGGGAUCGUUAGCGAGGGGGAGGUCAGCGGAUCCUGCGGCUGGGAAUGUCCUACCACCUUCGUAUGACAACAUUCCAGGAAAUUCUCGUGCCGAGUAUCAACAACCCCUAGUGCCAGUGCGCAAGUCUUGA